GUAGAAGCGUUCGUGGAAUCAGCUGCUCAAUAUUAUGGUUUGGAGAUAAUACGCAUGCAACGACCGAUUCAGUCCGCAUUAUCUACAUUGCUGGAAGAAAAACAUGAUUUGAAAGCAGCUCUUAUGGGUACAAGGAAAGGUGAUCCAGGUUCCGAAAAUUUACAAGCAUUUACACCCACCGAUCCGAGCUGGCCACAGUUGAUGCGUAUAAAUCCUAUCUUGCAUUGGUCGUAUAAUCAAGUGUGGGCAUUCUUAUUAAAGCACAAUAUUCCUUAUUGCUCACUUUAUGAUCAAGGAUACACGAGUAUCGGCAAUAGAAAUACUACGGUGCAAAAUCCAUUGUUAAUGGAUAUUAAUAACCCUUCAUCUUAUUUACCAGCGUAUACUUUGACCGAUAAAUCUGCUGAGAGAGAAGGCAGAGAACAUGAUAAAAAUAAUAUAUGAUUUUUUUAUGAUACGAUUCCAUAAUUAGCGAACUAAUAGAUAUUGUUAUAUAUUAACUAUUAACUAGUGUUAUUAAUGUAUAUUUAGUAUUGUGUAUGUAUAUAUUAAUUAUUU